CGAAGAAUUUGAAAGGUCUUCUUGCUUUCAAAUCUUGAAGAAAUUCUGAUAAACCGGGUCACGAUAACAUUCCUUACACUUUGAGUCUGUUUUCCCGUCUUUAUCUCUCCAAACCCCUGAGCAUAAAGUGCUGGAUCCUCCAUUCAAACCCUUCUGCUUCUUCACAUUCUUGCCUCGGAACCCUCUUCUCUUCCCUCUCUCUCCAGUCCCUGAUCGCCCCCAGAACAGCUGUCUCGCAUCAUGAACAUCAACUCGGAACUCAGUAGAAAGAGGAAAGGUGAAUUCGAGAACGACAACAAUGAUCGAAAUUUCCGCGGGUCCGGGAGUGAAGGCGACGACGAAGAUUUCCUCACUCUUUCGCUGUCUUCUCGACCUUUGAGACCUCGAAAGCAUUCUCCGCCCCCACCCCCGCCUCCUCCUCCUUCCCCUCCUUCAAAAGCUAAUCCUGAUACACACCAGUUGCCAACUAUGGUGAUGUACGAAUCUCCGGCGUUAGUUCACGAGUCGUCUAUGGUGAUGUACAGUCCUCCGGCGAUGCUUCACGAGCCAUCCUUGGCGGCUGUGCUGUCGAAUACCGAUCAAGAAUCCCUCCCGCACAUGCUGUCGCACGGUGGCCGCCGAAAGCUUCCUCAGCCAGUGAGGGACGGCAAGAGUGAGACCGUCCCGGUGCCCUUCCCAUGGGCGACAAACCGACGGGCCACCGUGCACAGUAUGAACUACCUCUUGUCGAACAGGAUCUUCACCAUCAGUGGGGAGGUCCAGUGCAAGAAAUGCGAGAAGGUCUUCGAGAUUGAGUAUGACCUGCGAGGCAAGUUCCUCGAGGUCGGCAAUUUCAUUGCGCAGAACAAGGCAACGAUGCAUGAUCGGGCUCCGCAGGAGUGGAUGAGCCCGGUCCUCCCCAAGUGCAGGUUCUGCGAUCAAGAAAACUGCGCGAAGCCCGUGAUCUCGGUCAAGAAGAAGAAGAUAAAUUGGCUCUUCAUGCUUCUAGGGCAGACGCUCGGGUGCCUGACGCUGAAGCAGUUGAAGUAUUUCUGCGCGCAUACAAAGAUUCACCGGACGGGUGCGAAGGACCGGAUCUUGUAUUACACCUAUCUAGGGUUGUGUAAACAGCUUGAUCCUACCGGCCCAUUCGAGAUCAGUCGAUGAACUUUCUUGAAUUAAGUAGGGUUUUGUUGGGUUUUCUCAAGUGGUUAUCACUAUGAAUGUUUCCAAAAUGGUGAAGAAAAGAGCAGUUUCAGUGAU